AAGUAAAAACUGGACUGUUUAACUGUGCAAACAACCAAAAACUUACAACUCGGAAACACGGUCUUCAUAUUUGCGCAAGGCAUGCAUGUGUAUUCAGUGCCAGAAAUCCAAAGGCGAGAAGCAAUUUCUUGCAUAAUUCGAAUCUAGACAUGCAGACAGUCAAACAAAAGAUGAAAAGGCCUUCUAGUAUUAAUAUAUUUUUCUGUCAUUUAUAUAUUAAGAUUGCAAGCUCAACAGAAAUUUUCACAGCAUUUCAUCUACAAGAUUAUAGCAGCUUGACAUUUACAAAGCACUGUUAAAAUUCUUCAACCAUGCUAAAACUUUCAGGUAUAUUUCGACAACAUAGAAACAAAGAGUACACAGGAAGUGUCGCCUACAACUUUUAGAGUUGAAUUGAAUGGCCAUUAGUUUGCUUACUAUUUUUUCCCUCUUUUCCUGUAGUGCUCUGCAGCAGAAUCUUCUGGGCAACUCCAGCUUCAGACAAUUAACAUGGCUUUCCUGCCACUGCUAGUUGUCGCAGUCAUGUUGCACCUAGCCUCUACAUCAGCGCAGUCUGGCCCCGGAUGCAAAACACAAUGUGGUGAUGUCGACAUCCCUUAUCCGUUUGGUAUUGGUAUUGGUACUGGCUGUGCUAUUAGAGACUUUGAGAUCAUCUGCAGGAGGACUGCUAAUGGAAUCUACAAGCCAUUCUUGUUCGUUCGGAAUGUGGAGGUUCUAAGCAUCUCAGUGCCCCUCGGUCAAGUCCGAGUUUUAUCCGACAUCUCGACAUACUGCUACAAUACAAGUACAAGAUCAAUGGUACAGAAAGCUUGGUCCCUUGACUUCUCACGAAGCCCGUACCGCUUCUCCUAUCUACACAACAAGCUCAUAGUUAUUGGAUGCAACACGCUCGCAUACAUCAACAACUUGGGAAGCAGUGCAAAGUAUACGACAGCAUGCGCAGCAGUGUGUGAGAGCCCGGCAGCACUGACAAACGGUUCUUGUGUUGGCGCAGGCUGCUGCCAAAAUGAUAUACCAAAGGGUCUAAGGGGCUAUAUGUUCACAUUUUAUGAUGUUUACAAUAAUUCCAACAGUACGCUUUUCAACCCAUGUAGCUACGCCGCCAUGGUGGAGACAGAGACAUUUAGUUUCAGCUCGGACUUCAUAACCACUACAAGGUUCAAUGAUACUGACGAUGGGCGGAAGCCACUGGUGCUGGACUGGGUGGUCGGAAAUGCAACUUGUGAAGUGGCGAGAGACAUGCCUUCUUACGCGUGCCAUAGCAGGAACAGCAUGUGUGUGAACUCGACUAACGGCCAAGGGUAUCUAUGCAACUGCACCGACGGAUAUGAAGGGAACCCUUACCUCUUUGACGGAUGCAGAGGCAAGUUCAUUUCUUUACUUGAUCCCUGUUCAUCUUUAGAUCAUAACUACCACUGCCCAGGCAAGCACAUAGUUGAUGUGUCUCCUUGUGUUGGGCGUGCAACAAGUCUAUCCGAGGAGUUUGGCAAAGAAAUGUUGAUUCUUUCCCAUAUCAAUCACAAGAACAUUGUCAAGCUAUUGGGAUGUUGCCUUGAGGUGGAAGUCCCCAUGCUAGUAUAUGAGUUCAUCCCAAAAGGAACAUUGUUUGAUCUUAUUCACGGCAAGAACAGUAAACCGCAUCUCCCUUUCAGUUCUCUUCUAAGGAUCGUCAAUGAGGCAGCUGAGGGGCUUGCAUUUUUACAUUCCUACGCAAACCCACCAAUUCUACAUGGUGAUGUGAAAACCUCUAACAUCCUUCUUGAUGAGAAUUACAUGGCAAAGGUGUCAGAUUUUGGGGCUUCUAUAAUAGCACCAAUUGACAAAGCCCAGUUCGUCACAAUGGUUCAAGGGACAUGUGGUUAUCUGGACCCUGAAUAUAUGCAGACAUGUUGCUUGACAGACAAAAGCGACGUUUAUAGCUUCGGUGUUGUUCUUCUAGAGAUCCUAACAGGGGAGGAGCCACUGAAACUUGAAGGUCCUGAGGUAUGCCGGAGCCUGUCGUCGAGUUUCCUGCUGGCUAUGAAGGGGAACAAUCUUGAUAAUAUGCUCGACAAUCAAAUAAAAGAUCAUGAGAAUAUGGAGUUGAUUGUAGGGGUAGCAGAUCUAGCUAGGCAAUGCUUGGAAAUGUGCAGUGACAAUAGGCCCUCGAUGAAAGAGGUAUCUGAGGAGCUUAGCAGAUUAAGGAAGUUUUCGAGGCAUCCUUGGAUACAGCGUGAUACUGAGAGAGAUAGCUUUCUCGGUCUGAUUGAAACAGAACAAAGCUCUGAGUGCACAGAGAAGGAUGAAAGAAUGCCCAUAAAUCCAAGCAGUUUUUACCUUAUGAGGUGAACGAAAACACAGCGAAUUUUAUGCUUUGGCAUUUUCAUUGUUCAUUUAACCUUCUCCUCGUUUAGCUGUAUGUUGCAUUUUAGUGUAAGACUCUCUUGGACCCUUGGGUAUUACAUAGAGACACCAUAAUUUAGCAAGAAUAAAUGUAUCGUGGUACAAAAUGUGGACACAUUCAGUGCUAGCCAUUUGAACUUGUGCGAGCUUUAUAGAAGUUUCCAAAAUCACUAGAAGAUCAGUGGAGGACUGGGUGUGAAAAUGUGAUCGAGUUUGGUAUUGAAACUGUGCGAUUACGUCAAGUGAUUUACUUUUCCUUUUUCAGGAAAGUUCACUGAUUUACUCGGUCGUGUGGGCUGGGCUCACUCACUUGGUUGGAUGUUCCAUUUUUCAUGAGAAUACAUACAUCACUUGCUAGAUUCUUUUAUUUUCACCAUUAUAUUUCAGGACACGAUGUAUUAUAGGCCCCUAACCUACAUUUGGCCUCUAUAAACACAUAAUAAGAUAAGAAAGACAUAGGAUAACAAAAUGCAGAGACAUACUUCAGUUGUGCCAUAAGUCUAACACACACACCCCCGCUUGUUUUCUGAGGCAGGGAGCUUCUUUGCGUCACCCUACAGCCGCCGGCCGGCCGGGGAUAUCUCUUGUAAUAAGGAUGAUGCCAUGUCCAUGAGUUCAAGUCCCUGCAUGGAUGUCCUGAACGGGAUCCCGUCCUGAAC